AUGCUGAUUACUGGAGAGAAUGCAACGACAUUAAAGCAUCAAUCGACAAUUGAAGCCAUCACAAGCAUUACUCAAUCCCUUAAUAAUCCAAAGGAACCAGCUAAAAAGCUUCGUCACUCAUUGAAAAACUUAUGUUUUUAUUCUCCAGAGCCUAACUAUAUUGGCCCACUUUGUGAGAUCCUCAUGAGAGAAAUGGAAGAAGAAACCAAAUGUUUUAAGCUUACAUGCUUCCAUUUAAUCUCUCAUUCACAAUUUGUUCAAACAUCCGCUCGUGUUCCAGAGUUACUCAAGAAAAUAUCAAUCAGCUUCAUGGCAAACAAAUUUACCGAACAAGCUCCGUUUCUUUUCCGCGUUUUAUUCUUCUUAGGUUCAAAACUUGAUAAAUGCAUUGAUUUACUUUCAGAUACAAUCAUCCACAUACUUUCCAUGCCUCCGAAAGAAAUUACGAAGGUUUCGAAGAAAGGACUCUUCGGAAAAGAAACAACUUCUCCAUUAGAGCCUCUUGUUCACGAAGUUGUCACAUUACUUGUAGAUCUUCCUGAUUUCGAUAAUGUGACUGCAAAGAUACUCAAUUCUGAAGGAAUGUCAAAGAAAUUAGCCGGAAUUUAUCAAAUUUUACCACCUUUGUUCAAACAAAGGUUAAUUCACUUCCUUGGACGUGUUGCGAAGUUACCAGAUGAUCUGGUCAAGAUUGCAAAGCAAGAAGACUUCACAAACUUCUUAACUUUGCAAUUCCUCGCCAGACACAGAACAGCUUAUCCAGAGGUCGAAAAUAGCAUUCUAGAAAAAGGAGGCUUCUAUUCUGAAGCUUUAUUAUUCGCAAUUGCUAACCUCGGAACGAAUGAACCGAAAGUUAUCGAAAGAAUCUUAAAUCUCAAAGGAGAUAGCUUUUCUACAUGCAUAUCGAUGAUACUUGUCAAGAAGCAUAAUCCAGAAACAAGUUUUGCCUUUGUUGCAAAGAAAUUAUACGUAUUAACAAAACAUUCGAAUCCUACAAUUGCUUUUUCAGCCAUUAAAAUACUUAUAUCCCCUGAGAUCGAUCAGGAGUGGCUGGAGUCCUCAUUUAAGUCUGUUCUCGACAAUUUCAACCCAAUGAUGAGAAGAAAGAGUUUCGCUGGACUUGCAAACAUUUUGAACGUAAUGACAACAAGUGAUAACGAAGAAGCAUUUACUAAGCAUAUUCUACCUCUUAUCCAGAUUAUUUUACAAUAUUACGUUGAUUUAGUAUCAGAAAAGCCUUACGAAUCCUUUAUCAAGGGUAUUGCUGAGAAAGGGCAUGCCAAGCUAUUCCUUGCCAUGGCUGUUCAGCUCCUUGCUGCUCUUCCUGAUAUUGAUUCUGUUAUUUAUAUAUUUUAUGCUGCUUCUUUGCUUGAAAAUCAUACGGAGCCUGAUGUGUUCAACUCUUUUAAGGUGAAAGCCCAAGAAUACCUUUCAAAUUCUGAUCCAUCUCUAAACACAGUUUAUAGGACGUUAAUUCUUAAGGAAUAA